AUGAAUUCUACUGCCGAUUAUCUUCCCGAAGUCUGGAAGGACGAUGUUACUAUGCAUGGCUUAAUGUCAAUAAUUAAGCAAAGAUCGGUUAAUACCGUGGAUUACGAUAGAAAAGUGAAAUUUUGGAGAGAAACCAUCUUUAGUAGUUGCGUCGGAGAGGUUAUGACGAUGAGCGAAUGGAAAGAUAAGCAUUCAAGCUGGGUCGGAUGGGGAAUGUCGAAGACGAAAGAAUGGAUGUUUGGAACUACAACAACGGACCAUAAAUUAUUGCACAUGCCUACAGUGAAAAAGCAAGCAGAUGAUUUACUGCGAAUUUAUAACGAUGAAUUGCGUACUGAAGUCGAUUGCACAGGAGAAGUCGUAACGUACAACGAAAUGUACGAACGGGCAAUUAAUAUCGUCAGAACAGCGGAAAACUUUGAUAUUGUAUUGGAGCAUUUAACUGAUAUUGGAGAAUUGACAUUGGGUCAUACGAAAAACGGCGAGAAGGUCCUUAAAUUCAAGGAUCAUGGAAGUAAAGAUCCUGUAAAAUUUACAGAAGCCGAUGCCAGCUUAGUGGAUAUUCGCAAGGCAAUGACUAAAUUGGAUAAGGAAAUACAGCAACUUGAGCAAAAAGUCAAAAAAUACGAUCAACAGUGUCGGGCAGCUCUUCGAGUAGGUGAAAAAAGCCGCGCUCAAAACUUUUUGCGCCAAAGAAAACGGGCUGAAAAGGAUGUUGCCGACAAGGACGUUCAAUAUCAAAAAUUACUCACGAUGCUUCAUCAAAUAUCAGCUGCCAAGAAUAAUAAGGAUGUUCUUCAAGCUUAUCAGUCGGGUACUGCUGCAUUCAAGGCAACAUUGGCGAGACAAGGACUGACUCCUGACAAAAUCCAUGAAGCAAUGGAUGAUGUUGCCAACUCAUUAGACGAAUACAAAGAAAUCGAAGAUGCCAUUUCGUCGCCGAUGGCUGGAAUGAAUGGAACAAACGACGAAGAAUUAGAACGAGAGUUGGACGAUCUCCUCAAUACCAAUAAUGGAACUCAUAACACAUCUUUACAUUUCCCUGAAGCUCCAACAAACAGAUUCGGCCUCCGAGAUGAAGACGACGAGAACGACGAUCAGAUUCAAUUGGAGAAACGUUUGGCAAGAUUGAGAGAAGCUGUGUGA